GUACGGCAAUAUUACUUCCUCUCAAAAGCUUGCUGGAUCGCUCGCGGGUUCAAGCCCAGCAGUAUUUCCACUGGCCCAAGCCCUAAUUCGAUCGGCAAAUUCGUAACUCUCCACGCUAAUGGCGGCGAUUAAAUCUUGUUCCGCCGGCCGCUUCAAAAGCCCCGCCAUUUCCCUCCGCCAAGCCAGCGCCGGCGGGCGCAUCAAAAUGCCCGCCUUUCCUAUCAUUAAUCUCAGACCAGGAAUCAAGCUAUCAGCAUCCGCCUCCCGUGCAAUCAAGUGUGUGUUAUCGGAGUUCCUGGCUGUGGCUGAUCCGAUAAAGGACUCCUCGAUAACCGUCGAGGGUCUCCGACAAUUGGAUGACGGGGGCGGCGGCGCCGACGAUGGUUCCGGAGAAAAUGGAGGGUUUCACGGCGGCGGCGGCGGCGGAGGUCGCGGUGGCGAUGACGCCGCGGAGAAGGAGGUUUGGCCCAUAAUGUUACUCGCGGAUGAGGAUGUGAUUAAAAUGGCGGAUGAGGUGCGGGGCCUAGAACUUCCAGCUUAUAUGCCGGAAGCUGCCGAGGCCGCCGGAAUCCGAACCCAAUUUCUCCUUAAUCAGAUGAUGGCCGAUCCGGGUUUCCUCUUCCAUGUUGGAACAAAGGUAGUAAUUGGUUCAUGUAGUGCAGCAGUUGCUGAAUUUGUGAAAUGGGGGAAAGAUUUAUGGUCAAAGCUUGAGAUGUGGAAAGCUUUUGCUGCAAUUACAGUAAAUGUUUCUGUAGUUAAUAUGCUAGCUCGAAUUGGGAAGCCUUACACAGCUUGCUUAGUCCCUCCCAGUACAGAGGAAGCUUGUGCUGCUCUUCCCAGCAGUGUUGUUGAGGCUGGAAGGCCGGGACAUAGAUCCUCAUUGAUGCAGCAACUGGCUACUUACUUCUAUAAGGGUUCGUUGUAUGGUUCAGUUGCAUUUGGGUGCGGAUUACUUGGUCAGGGCAUUGCAAAUACGAUCAUGAAUAUCAAGCGGAGGGUGAUGAAGUUAGAAGAGGACAUCACUGUAAACAAGUCGGAAGAGGACAUCCCUACACCACUUCAAGUCGGAACUGGCAUCCUUCGGGGUGUGUUUCGCGGUGCAUCUUCCUGCACACCGUACCAAGUCAUCAAGGGGAUGGAACGAGUUGUCGAAGCUGCAUUGCCAUUGGUGAGGCAAGCCCCUCCUCUCCCCAACCCCUCCACCGUUGGAGUUCCAUUCACCUGCAACAUCGCCAACAACAUCAACGGCGGCGGGAUUGAUGGAACCCUGUGUUUACUUGUUAUAAUUUUUGCUAUAUUUUGCUUAGUAUUAGCAUUCACAGCUGUACUGCUGUAGGGGGUAUUGUCCUGCUGUUUAGUGGAAGGUCAGUUAUGUUAUUUAGGGUUUCUAGGUCAUGGUACCUCUUGCCACCCUAUUAACACUUUUAAUGGUAUUAUUAUAUAGUAAGAGUAAUGUCUAUUUUUUAUCCAAUUCUUUUUCAGAUUCUUUCAUAUUAUCUAAAUUUAUCGAAAUACUAAGAAUUAGUCAAAUGUUAACUUCCAAUGAGCAAUUUUGUUAGUAAUAUUGACUUGGCAACAUGAUACUGACUUGGAAGAGACUAGGGAUGGCAAUGGGUCGGGUCGGGGGCGGAUAGCGCAUAUCCGUUACCCUACCCAAUGUAGUUCGGGUUUUACCCAUACCCGUACCCAUACCAGAAACGGGUAGAAAAUCAAAACCAUGCCCAUACCAGUUCGGGUUUCGGGUAUUCACGGUUAUCCAUGGGUAAUAAUUUCUCCUUAUAAUUCCAACCAAUAUGUUAACAUUCACACGUAUACUCACAUUACGUAAGAGGAAAAGUACGACAAUAAUUCACUAGAAUGACG